GGGAAAUCUUGAUUAUAAAGACAAGGCAAAAUCAAGCAAGACAAGUCAAGUUCCUCACUCUUUCUUUUCUUUUUUUUUUUCCUUCCUCUUUUCUCCCUGUUUCUUUUGAUGAGUUCUUCACCAAACGAAAAUCCAUCAUCUCCGCCUCCGCAAGCCAAUACUACAACUAUCCAAUUUGCAGAUCAAUUACACAAGGGUGCAAAUAAGGAUUACCAGAAUCAGCAAAAUGAAAAACUGACCCAACGUCCAUUGACGCGGUCCUCGACCGGCCAGAGCAGCAAUGACUUUGAUACCAAAUCAAUUCGGUCCGUGCGAAGUGUGCUCAUGAAGAGCCGAUCCUUGGUCAAGCGUCGUCGAAAGAAGCAUGAUGAAGAACGCAUUGAAGGCCCGCCGUAUCAUAAUAUGGAUCUGGACACGGUGGCCAACCUUCUCAAAUCCGAAUUGGAGGAUGGCCUGACGGAUGAGGAAGUCCAAUCCCGUCGUUCCCAGCAUGGUUUCAACGAAAUGGAAGGUGAAGGUGGUGUCAAUCCCGUAGCAUUGAUGAUCAAGCAAUUUUUCAAUAUCAUGGUGUUGAUCCUUCUGAUUGCCAUGGUCGUUUCCUUUGUCUUUAAAGACUACAUUGAAGGUGGCGUCAUUGCCGCUAUCAUGCUUUUGAAUGCCUUUAUUGGUUUUGCUCAGGAAUACAAGGCCGAAAAAACCAUGGACUCUUUGCGCCAGAUGGCUUCUCCUACCAGUACGGUGGUUCGUAAUUGCCAUCAAAUGACCAUCUCUACUCGUGAAUUGGUUCCCGGUGAUCUCAUUAUCUUGAAAAGUGGUGAUGUGGUGGGUGCGGAUGCUCGCAUUGUUGAAUCAUUCAAUAUGGAUGUAGAUGAAGCACUUUUGACGGGUGAAUCGGUGCCAGUCAACAAGAUAUCAGAUGUGGUGGAAGGAUCGGAUAUCGCUUUGGGUGACCGUCUCAAUAUGGUUUACUCAUCCACGGUGCUCACCAAAGGUCGAGGCAAAGCCAUUGUCACUGCCACGGGAAUGCAAACGGAAAUUGGUCGUAUUGCUAAGCGUCUUCUGGACAGUGGCGAUAACACCAAGACGCCAUUACAGAAAUCAUUGGACCGAAUGGCUAUUGUGUUACUUGCGAUUGCCAUUUUAGCCGUCAUUAUCACUUUUGCUGCUGCCAAAUUCGAUAUCCAUAAUGAAAUCAUUCUUUAUGCGGUAUCGACCGCCAUUUCCGUUAUUCCGGAAGGUCUCGUUGCUGUCGUUACACUAACUCAGGCGUUUGGUGUCCAUGCCAUGGCAAAGAAUAAGGCACUUGUGCGACGAUUGGCGGCCCUCGAACUGCUGGGAGCCGUUACCAACGUGUGUUCUGAUAAGACCGGUACACUGACGCAAUCCAAGAUGGUGCUUACUCGUUUAUGGCGGCCCGAUGACGGAUUCUACAGCGUCAGUGGUCUUGGGUUCACUCCUGAAGGGGAAAUUGUCUCGGAAGCCAAUGACGAGCCACUUCACAGGGACACGAUGUCCUUUGGAACCCGGCGAUUGGUGGAAAGUACCGCUUUGUGUAACAUGAGUGAAGUGCGCAAGGAUAAGAAGACCGGAGAAUGGAAUGGGUUCGGAGAUCCAACCGAGGUUGCUCUUCAAGUGUUUGCGCAUAAAGCCCAAAUGGGGAAACCCAGUCUAACCAAAUCCGAAAAUGCAGAACAGAAUUGGUCUUUCAUCGCCGAAUAUCCGUUUGACUCGUCCAUCAAGCGUAUGAGUGUGUUGUGUCGCACGCCUCAGCAAUCCUAUGUCGCUAUCAUGAAGGGGGCCACCGAACGUGUGCUGGAACGGUGCGUGGGAAUCCAAUUGAACAAGGAAAACGAAGUCCGUAGCAUGAGUUACCAGGAAAUGGAAGAACUCAUCUUGCCCAAAGUGGAAGAGCUUGCCAAAGGCGGUCUUCGUGUUCUGUCUCUGGCCAUACGGUCGAUCAAACACGACGGCGACGUCUAUGAAGAUACCUUCCCACGUGAUGACAUUGAACAGGACAUGAUUUUCCUCGGUCUCGUUGGUAUCUACGAUCCUCCUCGUCAAGAGUCCAAGGAUGCUGUCACCCAAUGCCAUCAAGCCGGCAUUACCGUGCAUAUGCUGACAGGAGAUCACAUUGCGACCGCCACGGCCAUUGCACGUGAAGUCAAUAUCUUGCCUGCCAAUUACGGUCUGGAAGGUUCGGAAUCUUCGCAGGAAGGAGAAAAGCAACGGCCCAAGCAACUGGUUAUGUCCGCCCAAGACUUUGAUAAAUUGAGUGAACAACAAGUCGAUGACCUGGAAGAUUUGCCUCUGGUGAUUGCCCGCUGCAGCCCUGAAACCAAGGUGAAAAUGAUUGAAGCCCUCCACCGACGUAAACGGAUUGCGGGUAUGACCGGUGACGGUGUGAACGACAGCCCUUCCCUUAAGGAAUCCGAUAUUGGUAUUGCCAUGGGACAAAACGGUUCCGAUGUAGCCAAGCAAGCGGCCGAUAUCGUGCUCGUGGACGAUAAUUUUGCCACCAUUGUCAAGGCAAUCGAGGAAGGUCGUCGUGUCUUUAGCAACAUUGCUCGUUUUGUCGUACACAUGGUUUCCGGAAACGUGGCCGAAUUGACGCCUCUGCUGCUGGGUCUCGCUUUCAAGGAUUUGGACAACACACCUGUCUUUCCCAUGACACCGAUCCAGAUUCUUUUCAACAACAUCUUGACCAGCUCGCCUCCUGCGAUGAGUUUGGGUCUUGAACCUAUUCAUGCUGAUCAAAUGCAAGUGCCUCCACGAACGCGCAAAGAAGGCUUAUUUUCGUGGUCCAAUGUGGCCGAUUUGUUAUACUACGGUAUCAUGAUUGGUGUCAUUUGUUUGAUGAACUUUAUUGUCGUGAUGUAUGGCUACGGCGAUGGUACAUUUGGUCGUGGUUGUAACAAGGAAUUGCUUCCCGGAUGCGAACAUGUUUUCCGUGCACGUGGUGCUCUUUUUGCCACGUUGACGGUGAUUGUGCUACUUCACGGUUUCACGUGCCGUGAUCUACGCAACCCCACCUGGACCUGGAAGGCGCUCCGAGGUCAGCAAAACAAAUAUCUGUUCUACUCCACCGGUUUUGGCUUUGUUCUGCUCAUCAUUGCUCUUUAUGUUCCGGUUCUCAAUACCGCCGUCUUCAAGCACAGCCCCAUUACGUGGGAAUGGGGUAUGACGGCCGCCUCCGUGAUUGUUUAUAUUAUCUUUGUCGAGUUAUGGAAAGCCUUGAAGCGACGAUUCUGGUAAUACCAGAUGCCCUUAUCAUGUAUGUAUAUCGGAUAUUAUGUGUAGAUGAUAGGGGUUUGAUGCUUCCAUUCUGGUUAUAUCCCUUCCUUGAUUGUAAAUACACAUAUAUCCUAUGUAUUAGUAUGAAUUUUUUUUUCUUUAGCGAUAGAUAAUAGUAGUCAAUUCUUUAUUUUCAUGUUAUUAUAAAUUUUCUUUCCUUUUCUCUAUAUCACAAAUGUGUUGGUCCCACAUCAGAAAACUGAAAAUUUUCACCUGUAAGAUAUUCUAUGAUAG